UGAUAGCUUCGGCGAUAGAUGGCAACAACCAUAUAAUGCCGGUGGCUUUUGCGCUCGUGGAAUCAGAAUCCAUUGCCAGUUUUGAAUAUUUCAUGGGUCAUCGAGAUCAAGUCUUACGCAGUCGCAAGGUUGCCAUCGUUUCUGAUCGCACUCCUGGAUUAAUUUCCGUUUUAAAACGUCCGGAGUGGGACGACGUCGAUCACUUUUUCUGCAUAAGGCAUUUAAUGGCCAAUUUCCACUCCUUAAUCAGAAAUAGGGACUUGAAGGAUUUGGCUGAGAAAGCGGGUACUUCAUCGAGAUGAGGCAGUACCAGGUGGACAUGACGUUGGUCACUGCCCUAGUCGAGCGUUGGAGACCGGAGACACAUACGUUUAUGUUUCCGGAGGGGGAGUGCACCAUCACGCUUCAGGACGUAGCGAUCCUUACUGGACUCCCCAUAGAUGGGACUCCUAUCACCGGUCCUACAGUGACUGACUGGAACAGUGUUACCAUGCGCCUUCUUGGGAGACGGUACAAGCCGACCCGUACGAAUAACAACGGGUUUGUGAAAGUGUCCUGGUUAAAAACGGAGUUUCAAAAGUUUGAAUAUGUGCCAGCACCAGGUGGAGAGGAGCAGGUCGAUUGGGCCGUUAGAGCCUAUCUUUUGCUUGUCCUAUGGUCCUUGUGUUUCCCGGAUUUGAACAGUGGCCAGAUUGGACUGAGGAUCCUCCCGUUUCUGGAAGACUUGACGAGACUGCAGACCUACAGCUGGGGAUCGGCGACUCUCGCACAUCUAUAUCACGAGAUGUGCUAUUCCACUUUGAUUUCACAGCGCAGACAGAACAUUGGGGGGCAUUUGGCUACUACGGCUCUGGGCAUUCGAGCGACUUAGGCCGUUGAGGCCGAGGUUGAGAGGCGGUCUCAUCCAGCAGCACUUACCGUUGGGCGACAUAUGGGCAGGUCACGUCAAUUUUCAAGACGUUCCUAGACGCAACUUGGCGGCCAUGAGAUUAGCACUUGAUGAGCUGCGCUAUUCAGAUAUCGAUUGGCAGCCAUACUCCGAGCUGAUUAUCAGUCAGCUACCGUCAUACUGUUUCGAGGGGUCGCAUUUCUGGCGUGCACGCGUCCCACUGAUCUACUUCCACAUUAUCGAGUGGCACCAGCCAGACAGGGUGCUUCAGCAGUUCGGACUGGUUCAGCCUAUUCCGGAGGCCCCCUUCCAGCAACCCAUCUUGCAUGGCGUCCAAUACCGUGGGAGCUCAGACUUCCAGGCGCUUUUCAGUGAGUAUAUCGCCAUCUGAGACUCUAGAGAGAGAUAUGUGGUACGUGGGCAUGUACUCGAGCAUCCGCCGCACUUCCAUUCAGAGUUCAGUACAUGGACUGGUACAGGCUCGUGAGCAGGAGAUGGAUUACCCAUCGCGGGGCUGAGCUCGGUUCUCAUCGCGAUACCAUGGAGAGGAUCCGCUUGCAGUCUGAGGCGGAUUCCACUGUUCGGACUUACGCUCGCACUUCCCAGCUAGCCACUAGGGAGGAUCGGCGGAACGUCAGCGGGCCACCGCCAGACCCUGCUGUUCCUCCAGACGCUAUUCCAGAGAUCGAUCCGCCAACCGUCGAUGUACAGCGCAUACGAGGACGUCGUAGAGGCAGACCCAGACAGUCAGAGUUGACCCGUGAGAUCCCGACAGACCCUUUCCCCCCACCGGUCGUCUUUCACAGGGACACAUAGGACUUAUCCGGCGUUAUUACGGGUCUGCGCGUGAGUACGGGAGCACCUCUUCGCAGCCCCAGGGGCCACGGGCUUCCUCUUUUUCAGUACCGCCUGCUUCUAUGCCUUAUGUCGACCCAUCGUUUGGGCAGACCGCUUACACGACUCCACUGGCCACGCAGCAGGACCCUCUAGACAC